AUGACAGAUCGUCGCACUUCGGAUUCAUCUGCCCUAAAUUCAGACAACGAAAUAAAUCAUUAUCUUCCUAAAAGCAACUUUUCUGACCAAAUUACACUAGCGACACUCAAUGGAAAUUCUCAGUCUAUUCGCCACGUCACUCCACCAAUCAUCCCCAAACUAAAUGAAGAAAUGAAGAUAAAUGUGGAUGAUUCGUCAAAAUCAGAAAUUGAUUCUAGUUCUGAUAUACGCUCAAAAUCUAAAAAGCAUUUUAUUUCUGAACAGUCGACUAAAACUCCAGAAUCGUUAGAACCGAAAUUAGUCAUGUCGAAGAAGCGGAAAGUCGAUGUUAUUCCCGAUAAGCAAAAGCUGAAGAAGAUCAGACUAAGUUCUCAGAAACUCACUGAACCAUUAAUGUUACUGAACCCACUUUCUGUCACUUUGGAUUCACUGGGUCCUUCUUGUUCUGUAAAAGAUUUAGAAAGUCGUUCAGAAGUGGAUGAAAUUCUACCUAGUGAUUCUCUUGAUGGUGAUUUUCCACAAAAAGAAAAUAUCCCAAAUAGUAUAAGCCCACACCUGUCAAGUCCAUCUAAGGAGAAGCAUUCUGCUUCCGUACAGUUAACUUGUAAAACAUCUACGUAUGGACACAAUUCUGCCUCAAACAAUUUUGGGGUUUCUAUGAGUGAGAGUAAUUUCUCUCCACAAAGUCGACGUAAAGCUUUUGAUUACGAAAAACCAAAAAACAGAUGGAUGCGUGAGGCACGAGCUAGAAGGUGUCAAGAUGAACGAAACAGUAAUCCUAGUUCCACUGCAGCAAGUCAUAUUUCAACUUCAUCCAAUAAUACAGAUACGGAAAGCUCUGCAUCAUGUAAUGCACAAUCUCCUAGUUUAAACCGACUGCGAAUUCGGUCAGGUGAUGGAUCUAGUUUUAGUCCUAGCGAAAGUACUUUAAAAAGUAAUAGCAAUGUAUCUUCUAAAGUUAAGUUGCAUAAUGGGUCGUUAAACAAUCGUAACAUUGAAUCAGGAGACGCUUCACAGUCCGAGAAAUAUUUGGACAUAACUGACCAAAAGUCUACAUCUCAUGUGUCUCCAUGCUUGACCCCGACAAGUGAUAGUUCUGGUCUUGCCCUUCCUGUAAUAAAGAUUAAAAUUAAUCGGAAUAGACAACCUUCUGGGUGUUCGAAAACUGUACCGACGCAAUAUGAAGUUGUCAAGUUACAGACUGGUUCACAUCUAGAAUUAGCUACUUCGGCUUCUAAAGUUGUGAGUGAAGAAAAUAGUUCAAUAGCGAAUGCGAAUCCAUCUGCUUUGAAGUUGGACAUUACUUGCAAUGGUUUACGUUCACCAUCACUGUCACCAUCCGCCAGUUCUUCAAAGAAGGGAUCUACAUGCGAGAGUUUAAUAAUAUCAGGUCCUUUAGUAAAACGCUGUAAGUUACAUGACGGCAUUGUUUUUCGUGUCGGUGACCUAGUUUGGAGCAAACUUUCAGGAUGGCCUUACUGGCCUGCACAGAUUACUAGCAUACAACGUGUUGCCAAUGAAGUUGAUUUACCGAAUUCUGAACAAGUACGCCCCGUCGUGGAUUUCCAAGAACAGUCAUCUCCACUUUUAACAUCAGAGCAGGUUUGUUAUACUGCCUGUCUUCAUUGGUUUGCUUGGAAUCAGGUGUCAUACAUGCCAUGUGAUAAAUUAUUUCAUUUCCUAGAACAUUGUAAACGAUUUGAUAACAAAAAGAAACGUGGAGUUUUUCGCCAGGCAGUUAAUGAAGCAAAACAAGCGGCAGAAAAAAGGCAAGAAACUCACUCUACUGAUAGUGAAAGUGAAUGGGAUCACGAAGUUUUUAGCAGUACAAUACAUCAACAAUCUUUAUCUCAGCCAUCUGAAAUAUCUGUUCUCGAUGAUGCCAAACAGUUGGUCUCACAAACUGCAUCAUCAAUAUCCAUUCCCGACAUAAACCUUGGUGUAGAAGUGAACGCGACCACAAAGCAAAGUAAACAUCUAAAUAACAAAGUAAGAAACAAAACCAAAGUCUCUUGUGAGAAACAAGAACCUUCGAUGUUAUGUCCAUCAGUUGUUGAUUCUUCGAAUGUAUCCUUAGGUCAAAGUACCUAUAAUAACAUAGGCGGGGAAGUCACUGCGUCUACAGAAUCAAAAUUACAUGUGAUAUCUAAACGUAGAUCAAAGCAGCAGGCUAAAAAUAAGGUUUAUGCUAAUACUUCUGAAGAUAAAAAGUUGUUGGUAGAAGCGUACAAUUCUUCUUUAACAAAUAAUAAAUCUAAUGUUCGUCUAAAAAUCAUUCUUUCGAAACCGAAAUUGAAAAGUAAGCUCAAGUGUGCUGAAGUUCUGAGCAAUAAUGCACAAAAUUCUUUUGAAAAUGAAGUUAACAUUUCUUCUUCAUUACCGAAUCUAGAUGUCCCAAUUACUAAUAACAAAAUACAUCAAAUUGUUGAAAAUUCAUCAAAAGAAGACACAGAAAGUCCAUUUACUUCCGAGAUUAUUCCUGAAUCAAAUAUAUCAACUACCGAUUCACAAGACUUUGAUAAAACAUUUAGUGCUACACAUUCAGAACUCCUAACUCAAUUCCCACAUGUAUUUCCGGAUCUCAAAGUUUCAGGUAUUCUAUCCGACACAGUCGAUAUACCUACAUUUUCUGAGGAUGAAUCUGAAGAAGAAGAUGCUGGUCGUUUGAUUAUUGAUCCUGAUGUAAUGGCUUCAGUCAACGUUCCCUUAUCAACUGGUAAUCAUCAUUACAUCACCGAGACUUUAAAACAGGAUCCGGAUGUUCUUCGAGAAGAUUUAUACAGUCUUUCCUCGGAUAAUAUGUCCUACAACCAUAAACUAUCAUCUCAAUCAUUUGAUAGUAUUCAUCCAUACUCUCGAACGUCUUCAACUACUCUUACACAACCAUCGAUGUCGAAUUUUGGUAAUCCAGUUUACUCAUCAUCCGAUUCAUUUACACAUUCUUUUAAUUCCUCAACAUAUUCAAUGGAAUGUCUAAUAUCUCAACCAGUUUCAGUUUAUCCAACACAUAAUCAGUCAUUGAUCCAAACUGUUGUGCCAAGAUUAACAACUCCACCUAUUUUGGCGUCAUCUGUAUCGAACCUAUCAGUACCCAGCAGAAGUGCUUAUUUUCAAUCUAACCAUCUUAAUGUUCCAUCAACUACAACGCAUAACGUGUCCUAUGUUACUACUGAGUACUCAACAUUAUAA